AUGUACAUGUUUCCAGAAGCUCUAAUAUCACAUGUUGCAAAUUUAAAUUCUUCAACGUCACAUAUUGCAGAAUCACACAUUGCAGAUCACCCGUUGCAGAAUCGAAAGUUGCAGAAUCAAAGUUGCAGAAUCGAAAGUUGCAGAAUCGAAAGUUGCAGAAUCGAAAGUUGCAGAAUCGAAAGUUGCAGAGUCGAAAGUUGCAGAGUCGAAAGUUGCAGAGUCGAAAGUUGCAGAGUCGAAAGUUGUGCAGAGCCGAAAGUUGCAGAAUCUCAAGUCGCAGAAUCUCAAGUCGCAGAAUCUCAAGUCGCAGAAUCUCAAGUUGCAGAAUCUCAAGUUGCAGAAACGAAAGCUGCGGAAUCAAGAGUUGAAGAAUCCCAAGUUGCAGAAACAAAAGUUGAAGUAUCAAAAACUGCAGAAUCACGAGCUGCAGAAUCUCGAGCUGCAGAAUCACGAGCUGAAAAAUCACGAGCUGCAGAAUCACGAGCUGCAGAAUCACGAGCUGCAGAAUCACGAGCUGCAGAAUCACGAGCUGCAGAAUCACAACUUGCAGAAUCACAAGUUUCAUAA